GCCGCCCGCCGGGAGCGGCGCGGGCUGAGCGCGGAGCGGAGCCCGGCGGGGCGCGGCGAGGAUGGGCUGGGAGCGCCGGCGGCAGCCGCCCUGCAGGAGAUGAAUUAAAAUGCAGCACACCACGUGCACAGAGGACAGGAUCUACCACGCACUGGAAAGAUGUUUACACGGGCUUAGCAGAGAUGCUGUCUCCAGUAGAUGGGCUGCUGGGCUGUGCCUGAACUGCUGGAGCCUGCAGGAGCUGGUGAGCCGGGACGCCAGCAACUACGUCAUCCUCGUGGAGAAGAUCCUCGGCAAGGCCAAAGAGGUGCAGGAGAAGUGCGACUACGACCUCGUAAUGCCCCUGGCUCUGCUCUUCUACUAUGCGGUCCUGUAUGCUCCCCAUUUCCCAUCGGGCUCUGACCUGCUUCUGAAAGCUGCCAGUGUGUACCACAGCUUCCUGACCUGGCCCGUGCCCUACUGUGACAUCUUCCGCAAGCUGCUCACCUUCAUCAGCAAUGAGCUUAAGGCUCCCGGGAUCUCUUUCCAGAGGCUGGUGAGGACAGAACAGGGGCUGCCCAUGAAGAACUACCAGAGCUCCACUGUGACGGUACUGCUGCUCAACCCCUCCGAGGUGCAGAGCGAGUUCCUCUCCAUCGCUGAGAAGCUGAGCUCCAGCGAGCACCCGCAGCACUCCACGCUCGUCGUGCUGCUCCAGCACCUCUACCAGGCCAACUUUGGCACCCACUGCGACCUGGACAGCCUGCACCACCUCCUGAAGUCCAAGACCCUGGAAGAGCUCUCAGAGAUCUAUGCUACUGCCACGGAUGCGCAGGAGGCUGCAGCUGCCAGCAGUGACCCUGUCCUGGCGCGGGAGCGGCUGCAGUCCGUGCUGCGGGACAUCGCCGGGGCCGCCUCCUUUCCUGCCAUCACGGGUGAGGCUCAGCCCCGCAAGCUCCACACCAUCCCUAUCCCUGCCGCUCGCUGCUACACUUACAGCUGGGAUCAGGAUAACUUUGAUAUCCUCAAUGAUGUCCUCAGCAAAGAGUGCAGCGUUGUUGAGCCCAUGGCGUCGGAGAACGAGGAGGAAGAUGAAGAGGAGGAGGUGGAAAUCGAUGGUGGUUCCCCUGAGCGUGACUCACUGCUUUCCCCCACCUGCACCAUUUCCAAAGACUCGGUGUACUCGGUGUUUUCGGAGGAGGGAUCGAAGCCCUCACGAGUGUCCCUCUUCACCACCUCCAAGGAGUCCAUCUCGGAGCUGACUGUGGUCUCCAGAAAGUCCCUCAAGUCAUUUGUGUCUAGUUUGAAGGACUGCAUGGACAGCGGGUACGCAGAGGACAGUGAUGAGAGCUCCCUGGAUACAGUGGGGAGGCCGGAGCUGAAGGCACAGAAGACCCACCACAAACAGAGGCACACGCUGACCAACAAGAUCUACAAACUGUUCAAGAGCAAAAGCCAGCUGGUCCUGAGGAGGGACCUGAGGGACUGCCCGGACACGGGCUCGCUCGCGCUGCCCCUGCGCCGUGCCGAGAGCCUGUGCACAUCCCACGGCAAGCACCGCGUCCCGGCGCGCUCCCGGCGCGCUCACUCGCUGCCGCAGCACGUCCUGAGCUCGCGGCUGCCGGCCCCGCUCGCCUCGUGGCACCUCAGCCUCCACCGACGGCCCUUCCUCAGCUGUGAGGAGGACACCAAGGUGUCCACGCUGCGCGUCGUGGUCUUCGGCUCUGACCGCAUCUCAGGGAAAGUGGCCCGAGCCUACAGCAACCUCAGGCUUAAGGAGAGCACCUGCCCCUUACUGACAAGGUACUUCAAGCUUCAGUUUUUCUACGUCCCUGUGAAGAGGAGCUGCUUGGCUCCAUCCACCCUGCUGAUGCAUCCCUCCCCAUCCCUGCGGGACCCACAGCUCCGAGCCUCAGCUCAGAUGGACCCCACCUUGGCUGGGAUGGAGGGCAGCACCAAUGACAUCUCCCACUACAUUGGCAUGUUGGACCCAUGGUACGAGCGUAACGUUCUUGGGCUGAUGAACCUGCCCAUGGACGUCCUGUGUCAGUCUGCCAAGCCAGAGGCUGAGCCCCAGGAGGACUCCCAGGAGCAGUUGCCCAUCCUGGCAGAUAUGAUCCUCUACUACUGCCGCUUUGCCACACGGCCUGUCCUGCUGCAGCUCUACCAGACAGAGCUCACCUUCAUCGGAGGAGAGAAGAUGACUGAAGUCUUCAUUCACUCCCUCGAGCUCGGCCACUCGGCGGCCACACGGGCCAUCAAGGCAUCAGGACCAGGCAGCAAAAGGCUGGGUAUAGAUGGAGAUAGAGAAGCAAUCCCACUAACACUACAGAUCGCCUACAGCAAGACAGCCGUCAGUGGAAGAAGUCACUGGAACGAUGUUGAGAAGGUCUGCACGUCUGUCAACCUCAGCAAAGCCUGCAAGAAGUAUGAAGAGCUAGGCUCAAAGACAGAGUGUCUCAACUUAACCAUGACAGAGGUGGUCAAAAGGCAAAACUCCAAAUCCAAGAAGAGUUUCAAUCAGAUCAGUGUGUCCCAGAUAAAAGUAGACAAAGUCCAGAUCAUUGGUGUCCAGUCCUCCUUUGCUGUGUGCCUGGACCAGGAUGAGCAGAAGAUCCUGCAGAGUGUAACCAGGUGUGAGAUCUCGGUGUGCUACAAACGCAGGGACAGUGAUCUCUUGGCACUGAGAAGAUCCCCUUUGCCCCACCAGGACCCCUCUGAGUUUCAUUCUCUCCUGUGUUUACCCAUUGCCACCUUCAGUGGAGCACUGCCAUAGAAGAACCCUGCAUUGUGUCAAACCAGACUCCCAUCCAACACCAAUAUCGGCUCAGGAGAAGGAAGCUGACUUUCCUCCUUUGGGCUGGAGACCCAGCGUCCUUGUUCAAGACAUCCUGCAGCCAAAGCAUUAGCGUGGUGCCUGAGCUGCUCCUGCUCUGGGCUCAGCCUGUCCUUGGGAAAUGGGAACAUUGGUAGUAUGCUCUGGUAUCUCUCAGGGUUCCUCAGUAAUGGGAGGAAAGUGGUUUCCUUGAGAUCCCCACCUGGUUCAGCAGAUAGCAACAGCUGGAUUGAGAGGGCAAGGCAAGGACAGGGGUGUUUUCCUACCAGCACAUGGUGCUGUGGCUGUACCUGACAGUGGCUGCCAGGCCAGUGUGAGCUGGGGGAGCCCAUGAUGGGGCAUUUUGGAAAACUAAUGUCCUUGGUUGGGUGGUGGUAGGUGGCCUUCGAGGCAUGUGGAGCUGCAGGUCACCCAACCAGUGUCCUGAUGGCGUUUCAUCUGCAUCAGGUUGAGGGAGCUCAGGACAGUCCUUUGAGGAUGGGGACAGGCUUUCCCAAGGGUUCCUUUAAAUUAUGAAGGCUGGAUGUCUCACAGAGGAACAAUGCAGAGCAGAGCAACCCAGCUGAGGCCCAGAAAGGCCCCAGCAUGGGUUGUAGACUGCUGUUUGUGUUCCAGUGAAUGGAGUGCAAUAGGCUAUACUGGGGUGUGGACACCUUGUCAUUUAUACAUGUACUUACUGUAAAUCCAGGCCCUGCAGGAGAUGAACUUCCAAUCUCUGCAGAAUUUCAGAGCUUACCCAUGAGAUGUACUCCCUGUUCAGCCCAUGUCCUUGCAUCGUGCUCUGCAGCACUGGAUGCUAAAGACAUCCCAGAAGCUGAAUCCUCAAUAGUUGCUUGAAAUAUGGCAGGAACCACGCUCACACUCAUAGGAGGGAGGAAAGUACCAGGGAAACCACUAGGAUUGCCUUAAUCUCACCUGAAGAGGCAGUUUCGCUAGAGAAGGACCCAGCACCAAACCCAAUAGUGACACUUGCAAGCGAUGGUAGGAUUUGAGAUCCCCUCCUUCCCCUGCAAAGAGGCUUUCCAGCCCUUUCCUUCUUUCUGCAAAGCUGUAGGUACAGAAAGGUGCAAUAACUGGGGGUAUUUAGAGGUAUUCUGACCCAAUGAGCAAAGAAAUGAGACUGGAAAAGUCUUGCCUGGUUUCUUAGCCCUCAAGCUGUUUCUCAGUUGUUUUUGGUGAUUGCACUAAUGAGAAUAGGCAGGAGAGCAUGCUGCCUGCUGUGGGCUAAAAGGAUCAUAAUGCUGAGGACAUGUGCUCCAUGCAAGUGUCUGGAAUGGAUCCCCAGUACUGCUGUGGGGCUGCAGAGCUCAGCCAUGGUGAGCCCACUGCCUCUGGGGACAGGUUCGUCUGGGUGCAGAAGCGAACAUCUUGGUUUAAGAAGGUGCUAGAUGGCUUUCUGGUGUCCUCAGCAGCUCUGGAUGCAGCUUCUGCCAGUGGCCAGAGAUGAGCAAAAAUGAGACAUGAACAUGCUCCCGAGGCCUCUGUGCUUCAUCCUUCUACUUGAAUAAACCAUCCCAAGGAUGGUGUUGCAUUGUGGACUCCAAGAAAAGACCCUUCUGCAGAAUGAAGCAUCACUUGAACAUAAGCAGAUGCUCUUGCUGCACUAUGAUGCAGAGCCAGCUUGGACUCCUGGCAGGGACCCACCUUCCUCAGCCACACACCGACUCCAGGAGCACCCAUCUUUUCCUGUGUGCAUGGAGCAGUGUCCGUCCCUUGCUCACAGCACAGGCUUGGCAGGGACACCAAGACACUGCCAGGUUGUGGUGGGCUGUCUCUUCUCUCACAGGCUGCCUAUGGGGCAGUGUGGGAGCACGCACUGAGGUCGCUGCUGUGCACUUCUAUACAUCAAGGUUUUAAGUCCAAUAAGCUCAAGGGAUCAGAAACAGAUUUUAAUAGCUCUUUCCAUGCUCUUGGAAGAAGUUUUCUCACUGACUUUUCAUUUCCUGAACGGGUUCCUGUGCAUCUUCUCAACCGGGGCUGAGAUUUGACAGCUGGGGUUUUAUUGUUUAAUACUUUAAAAUAGCACCUUAUCCUGUCAAAACCUUGCUAUUUGUGAUCUCGAGAUCCGUGGCUAAAUAUAUUGGUGCCGCUGUUAAUGAUGUGAACCUCUUGGGUUUCAGCUCGCCCCACAGAAAUGCCAGAGGAGAGAAUUUCCAUCUCAGAGACAAAAACAAACACAAACUCUAGGGACUUAUAAUCCCGGUUCAAGCUUUGACCUCUGAUGCAUUCUGGAAAUGAAAGAAGUUUGAGGUUGUUUCAGGUCAUCUUUGUACACACAUGCAGUCUCACCAAAUCUCUGUGAUGUCUGUGCUGAGCUGUAAAAUACUGUUCAAAGAACUUUUAAAGUAAUUGUAAAAUAUUAAAUGUUGAUUUAUUUCGGGUACAA